AUGGUCUUCACACACCAGCCUUUGGAUGUUGCCCGGAACGAGUUCCGCUUGCUGCGGCUGCACCCAGCAGAGUCGUUUGAUGCGCCACUUCGGGUUGGCCUCUUCCACGCCAGUCUUGACGCCGCACCUGAGUAUGAGGCUCUGUCGUACGUCUGGGGCAAGCCCUGGGGUGACUUCUCUGUGCUGGUGACGGACGCUCGCGAGGCCGCUGACGACGACGACGACGCGGAGCUAUCAUCGCUCCCAAUCACGCCCUACCUCGAUACGGCGCUCCGGCAAGUGCGCUUUCGCGGCCAGGACCGCAUUCUUUGGGUCGAUGCUCUGUGCAUCAACCAACAAGACCUGGCCGAGCGCAGCCGCCAGGUACAGCAGAUGCGCCGCAUCUACGAGUCGUGCGUGGCCGACGUGGCGUACCUCGGACCCCACCCGCCGCUGCCGCUCACCGACAAGGAUGUGGAGGACGUCGACAGCGACACCGACGAGGCCCGGGCGGCACAAGAGGUGGGUGCCGUGGCGGGUGAGACGGACGAGCAAGCCGCGGCGCGUACGCUAGCGGCCAAGCAGGCCUGGAAACGAAGCAGGGCCGAGCAACGUCGCGUUGGGAACAGCAGCAGACGCGCACAGAAAUUGCGCGACGGACUGGCACUGAUGCGACAGAUUGCCGACCGCGACGCCGCAGCUCUGACGGUCAUGGUACAGAGAUGGAAAGACAUCGGGAGCUUUUCGUUUAUGGACGACGCCGAGGAGGCGGCGGAGAAGGACAAGGCCAAGCCGGUCAAAGACGAGUACGACCCAGAGGAUUCGCGCCAGAAACGGUACCUGGAUUUCAAGCAGAUCCGCAGCCUGUACGCGACAUUUUCGGACGCAGAGCUGUGGACGCGCGUGUGGAUUGUGCAGGAGCUGUCGUGCGCGCCGCGCGUGCUCUUGGCUGUGGGCAAGCACCAUGCGUAUGGGGGUGGCCAAGACGAGGGCGACACGGGCGGUGCUGUGGACGUGCCAACAGACGCCGGCACAGAGGACGAUGGGGGCGGAAAGGCCGACAUGCUCGACACUCUCGACACGCUCGACUGGGACCGGGACAUUGUGGGCGGGUUCCUCGACGACUUUGCCUACGCAGAUGCCUUCCACUCGUCGUGGAGCCACGGCACUGUUGGCCCUGCAGCGCACAGAAUCUUUUCGCGCGUACGGUCGAUCCAUCUCCAGCGGCAGGUCAUCCGCAAAACGAGGACGGAGCAUGGCGGCACGGGCUUUCUGCGGCGGUCUACUCGGGGCGGGUUCUUCCAAGAGGAGGAGGAGCUCGAGCGGGAGCUGCUGAAAUCGAGUGUGGACGAGGGCAGCGUCGAGGGCAAGAAGGAGGCGAAGGAGGCGAAGGCGUCGACGGUUGCCAACGAGGCGCCCUCUGAUCCGAGCCUCAUCAAUGUGCUCGCCCGCUUCAAGUGGACACAAGCGACUGAUGCGCGCGACAAGGUGUACGGGCUGCUCGGCCUGGUCGCCGAAGCGCCGCGGCUCCCGCCCGUCGACUACAAGCAGCCGGUGGCUAGUGUCUACAGCGAUGCGGCCCAGGCCAUCAUCGAGACCAGCGGCACGCUGGACGUCAUCAGCCAGAAUCCUUUUGAUGGCGACGACGAUGACGACGAUAAUGAGACUGGUGCCAAAGGACGUGCACCCGGCUUGCCGUCGUGGGCGCCGAAUUUCGACCGCAGUUUCUACACGGACUUUUACGACGAGUUUGCGACGAUCCUGUUUGCGCAGCGCGGGAUUUAUGCGGCGGGGAAGCCGGACUGCAAGCACCUGCUGCCGCUCCAGGUGGAGGAGGGCUCGUUUGGUGGCGUGGCGGGCGAGGGGGGCGACGCCGACGAGCAGGCGCCGAUUACGUUUCGCAGUCUCCGUCUGCGUGGCACCAUGCUUGGCCGCGUGGCGCCGCUCAAGCAGGGGCCUUGGGAGGAGAACGGCAAAAGCUACGUCGAUUUCGGGGAUGGCGUUGCGCUGUUUUCCCAUUACAAGAAAUUAUACUACGACACAAUCGAAGGCGUCGAAGGAGUCGAAGGAGUCGAAGGGGGCGAACGGGGCGAAGAGGGCAAACCCAGCAGCGGCAAAACAGUGUAUGCCGCCACGGGCGAACCGUUUUGGGACGCCUUUUGGCGCACCAUCAGCGGCGACUGCACGGCCUACCCGAUCCGCCGACUGACGGCGGAGGAGCGCGCGCAGUGCAGCAGCGGCCUGGCGGAGGUGUGCCGACUGCAUGAGGCCGAGCUGGAGAAGGAACGGAACGAGACAAAGGGCUUUACGACCGACGAGGAGUGGGAGAAAUACCGCAGAAACAAGGUGUACAAUAACGAUCAGCCGUCGACGGCGCUCGUUGAAACGCUGCCGGCAACGCGGAUACUGCGGCGCAUGGCGCGGCGGUGGGGCAUGGCGCACACCGUGCAGGAUGGCCGUCUGCCGAGCGGCGGCGGGCUGCUGCUGAUGGUGCGCGCCGUGGCGGCGCCUGGCGACGUGGUGGCGGUCCUGGACGGAUCUAAGGUGCCGGUGGUGCUGCGGGCGCAGGACGCAGGGGCGCUCUCGACAGGGGCAGGCGAUGGAGACGACGGCACGACGGCCUACUACAAGUACGUGUGUCCGGCGUAUGUGCACGGCUACAUGGACGGCGAGGCGGUGGCACAGGUGGCCGAUGGGCGGUUGACCGAGCAGGACAUUGUGCUGGUGUAG